UGAAAAAGGAAUAUUCAUGCACACGUUGACGUUCACUUCAUGAAUGGAAUUAAGAUAAGCGCACAAUUUCGACGAUAUACAUCGAUGGUGCGCGCGUUGAACAAUACAUUCCGUCAAUAUUUUUGGAAUUCGUUUUGCGAAGCUAUUUUGAUUGCGGCGACAACGAUCUCCGGCGAUUUUUUUAUCGAAUGUGAAAGAGAUAGAGAGUGACGACCACCGCGAUAGUCUCGAUCAUUAAACGUCAAACCAACAACGCCACACAUUUUGACGGGAACUACAUUGAUGAGUGUAUUCAAUGCAGUAUCAAACAUAGUCGUCAUUGUGUUGUGUAGUGAAAUAAUAAUAAUUAUUUGAAUUUUAAAUAAAUAAAAAUGUUUCGAUUCUGUCAAAUAAAAUUGUGCAAAUAUGCCGCUGGCACACAAGACGAAAAAAUUGCUUUCUUUCGGUAGAUUAAACCCGUAUUUAAAAAAAAUUGUUUUUCUUUCAUUUUCAAUUGAGUUGUAUGAGAGAAAAUUACGGUUUUAUAUGAUAUAUUGGAGUUUCCAUAAUUAAAAAAAAACACAAAAUGUUAGAUUCAAAAUGGAAACUGGUUCGUGGCAGAAUUGUUUUUUUUUUUUAAUUUUGCGGACCAUACUGAGAAAACGCUUGCGUUCGAAUAGAAAACUACACUGAAACAGAAGUCGAUUUGACAUUAGCUGUCAAACCGGCAAGAUGAACAAGUGCAUUUGUUAAGUGAGCGCGUUCACUCCGUGUCAGCAGGUUUUGGACGAAUUUCAUUUUGCAAAUGAUGUUGUUGUUAGUGUAAUGAUACCCCCGCGGUGACGACAAUCGGAUCAAACGAAUAAAAGCGAUAUUCAAUUGCAAUCGAAAAUGCUGUAUUGAGCGAUUUUUCAGAACAAACAUCUAAAUUCAUCAAUCAGUUGAUGAUAAGAUAUAAUUUCAUGAAUGAUAGAAUAAGUGUCUGUCAAUUGAAGAAGGGACACACGCAAAUAUUCAAACUUCAUUUCUUUGCUGUCGAUAAACAAUCAGCGCCGUCGGUUUCAAUGCGAACAAUUUGCAUGUUAAUAUUGUGUGUGAUUUGUGAAAAGAAUGGUUCAAAGCAAUCGCACGUUUUUGUUUGAUUCGUGAGUUCCGAUGAUUAAAAAUAGAUAAAAGCCCUCUGGUUAAGUUGCAUUUGCGUCACGUGAAAUUAUCUGCGCGCUAUGCACCACACUAGUUAUUGCUUUGCCCAUGUAUGUGUGUAUGUGUGUGCAUGAGUGUGUACGCCGUUUCGUCCGAGGGCAAGGAAGAAAAUAGAAAUCUAGCGCAAAUGUUGUUUUUAAUAAUGAUUGACUAAAUUAAAAGGCGCGCGCACUUCUUAUUCUCGGCCAAUGUGACCCGAGAUCUAUUGAUCAUCCUCACAUCAUCAAAUAGCAAUAUUGAUUGGAACAAUCAAUUUAAAAAGUGCCAAAUCUAAUUCAUAUUCAUUGCUAAUGCGAUCUGAUUUCGUUAAAUGAACUUCACAGCGACGACGGUGGUUUCGUGAUGAUAACGUGUAAAUUGGCUCGUUUGUCAAAGUCCAAACGCAAAUUUUUAAUGAUUUUGCUGACGUUUUUCUUUCUCCUUCUCGUCAAUCGUUUCUCUCUCUCUCUCUCUCUCUCUCUCUCUCUCCCGCAAACCAAAUUGUGUGACUCAAAUCAAAUUCUAAAAACGAUUUGACAACGAAAUGCGAUUUCAACAAUUGUUUUCGUUUCUCUGCUUGCGGGAAUUGAUUAAGAGCUUUUUGCCGAGCGCGCUCGCUUGCAUAGAACUAAAAAUAUUCCGUUUCGACAUCAGCAUUUAUUUUUAAGCCGAAAAAAGUAGCGAACAUUGAAAAAAGAGUCGUGGCUUUCGAUUUAAUCAAGCCAGGAAAUUUGAAAUAAGUCCAAGUUGAGCGAAUUCUUUGCGCGAAAUAAUCACAUUUUGACGCAACACAUCAAAUGACAAGCGAGUUGUUUUUCUUUCGCUCUUUUUUCGUUUUCGUUUUGCUCUCGUCUCUCUCCUCUGUUUCGCUCGAACAUUCGUAGGCCCGCUCAUCGUUGUAUAUCGUGGAUACGAAAUUCUAUCGUGCAUGAGGUUUAUCUUUGAUAUUCACGCUAUCCGACGCAUUUUAACUGCUUUGUCGCACGAGUUGAUUGUUAACCAAAUUGUAACGUUCCAAUCGUUUCAAAUGAAUAUUUGAGGGCUACAAGUUGACAGACGGGAAUGUUACCGAGUGUUGAUGAUGAUAUGUUUGGCUGAGCGACCGUAUGGCUUCGUUCAUCAACAUCGUAUUGCUUUAAGUCUCUUUCACUUUAUCGAAUGGUGCAAUUGGCAAUAGCAUUAUCAAUUUGACAAAGAGCGACAGAGGCAGAGAGCGAAAUGGAAGAGAGACAGCGAAAAAUUAGUCCAAAAAUAAAAACGGAACAUACGUAAAUGAGAAACGAACACACAGAGAGAGAAAGAGAGAGAGUGCAAGAAAUGGAAUCGAGAAAAGAGAGAAUUCCAUCACACAAACACACAUCUCAGUUGCGCCGGGCCUUAAUACCUCGUGCUACGUUUUGAAGCGCCCGCGACAUACAGUGCCGUUCUCGAGCACAAUAGUUCUGUAAAUAUUUACGAUUAAUGUAAAGUAUACGGUGCUAGGCCUCACACUAUCGACGCAAAUGAGAGAGAAAGGGAGAGAAAGAGAGAGAGAGAGAGUGCGGAGCUGAGAACUCGCGCACGCAACAGAGUGGCAUAUGUGUAUGAUGAGCACAUGGAAGCACACAUGCGGCACGCGAAUAUUUUGCUAUAUUUUUCUGUAUUGAUGAUAUGAGAACGGGCCAACACACACAUAUGUUCAGCUCGCUCUCAUUCGGUUCGACUUCUUACUCUGACAAAAGUGAGCAAAAUGAAGAUUGAACUGAAAUGGAAUCGUAUGGCACAGAAGAAAUGUGAAGUUCCUAUGUGAAUUUGCCUUUAGAAAUAACGAAAAACUAUUGAAUUUGUUAAGCCGCCAUGUCAUUCGCUUAUCGUGCGAUUGUAUCCUUACACAAUUGAAAAACCGCAUCGCAUCAUCGAUGAUAAAAUAGAAACAGAACACACAACACACAUUUGAACGAGAAUCAACUGAAGCUCUGACUUGUUGAAUUGCUCUCUCUCUCUCUCCGUCUCUCUUUUAUGUUAUAAAUAUGAAUGUGGCAAUUCACACAGAUAUGUUGAUGAGCAACAGACUGAACGAUGUGCGAUAGCGGGAGGGAAAGAGAGUCAGAACGAAACUGAACUGAACGAUUUAAAUGAAAUACACGAAAAAAAAUAUCUGCACAUGUUGUGGCUGUGAUCGUUCUCAUUUAUAUCCAAGUUUUUUUUUAAGUGUUCUGUUUGUUUUAUAUCGGUUAUGGGUAUGUGUGGGGUCUGUCGUAAUGCGAGCAUGCGAUACAGAGUACGAAAGAGAAAAAUGCAUCGAGUGAACGGAAAGAGUGAAUGAGUGAGAGACACAUACACACACACACAGAGAGAGAGAGAGAGAGAGAGAGAAUGAGAGAGCUGUCGUUCGUGUACACGGACUACAACAGCGAUAACAAUCGAAGCAAACGAUUCCGAUUCUAUCCGCGUGCGAUUGCUCGCGUAACAACAACAAACCAGUGUAACCAUCUCACCAACAAACCGACAACAGCGAUUUAUUCUGACAAUACCCUCACUCGACACUCCACGGAACCAUUCAAUAUUUAUUCAAAGUGUGAAUCGCAAUCAAAGCACCAGGCAGACAAAGCUACAGCCCGGGAUACGGCUCAAAGUGUUCGACAAAGUUUAUUUUCUUUGAUUAACAUCUUUAUAAAAUUAACUUCAUUUUUUUUCUAUCCAAUGUCCAAUCAACAACAACCGAAAAAUUUUGUUUGCAAAAAUUGUGAAUUUUAAAAGAGAGUUUAACAGAAGAAAAAAAUCAAUAUUCUGUAAACAAAGUGUUUUCAAAAGAAAAAAAAAAAUAAUCGAGUCAUUGCUAAAAUAUAGUGUGUCAUGCAAAUAGUCAAGUGCACUUCGGGAAUCAACACGGAUCCGAGUUUCGUCAAUCAAUUGAAAGCAAAUUGAAAUUUCAUAGAAAAAUAGAAAAGAGAGGCUGUUCAAAAGUUUAAAAGCGGAAGUUAAACAAAAACAAAUUAUUGCAUCUAUCGUGGCAAUUCGGUGCAUCAGGCCAGAAAGUCUAAAGUAAAAGGAUCUUGUGAUCCACCUGAUCGUUACGUGUUCGCUUCAAUCCGACGAAUAAUAGAGACAAGUGUGAGCAAAUACCAAUUAAAAGCAAAAUUUCAUCUAUUUCAUUCUCGUAACGAUCUAACCCUGAAAAGUGGCACCAGAACAUAUUUCAACGCGAAAAAAAUCGAGUGAAUACAGAAAUCAGAUUUAAUCAUAUUUUUUCUGACAAUCCAAAGAGAAAAAGAGACAGUUCAGAGGGGAUAUUCUCUGAAUGACACUCACAAGCCAUCAAUAGGAAGAGCCAAAACGUAUAACGAGAAGAAAGAGAGAAGCGAAGAAAAAAAUCGAACACACGUUUUUUUUUUCUUUUCCUUAGUUGUUUCAAUUUUAUCGCGCUCACUGCCGAUUUGGUUUCGGUGUGUUUGGGUGCGUGUGGUGUAGAUUACAGCAUGUCUACGGUCUGUUGAGAGAAGAAGAAAAACGCAAACACAAAAUAGCGGUGCGCAUACUUUAUUCGUCCGUGUGUACAUGCGACACACGUUCUUCACCGAAAAACUUUAUUAUUAGUACAAAUUCGAAAUAAUCCACAGAGUAAAAGAGAAAGACAGAUGCACCGAUCGUGUUUGUGUAUGAAAGAAAGAGACACACACAAACGAGAACGCUGAGUAGAAAAAAAAUUGAACGGAGAGAAGAAAAAAAAUUCAAAUAACGAAACGUAAACUGUUUCACACAGAAAAAUAUGCAGCCGAAAUCAAAACGAGUGUAAAGUAAUAAAUACACACAGAGAAAAUAAAUAUAUAAUACACGCUGAGUGAAGAGAGCGACUGGGCGAGAAAAAGAGACAACGAAACGCUUUCGAUAGAACGAAGCGAACAAGUAUUCGGCGGUUCGGAAUAGAUUCAACAAAGCGUUCGAGAGAGAAAAAAAAGCAACAACAAAAAAAUAACACGGACGACAAUUUUCGUGUUAGAACUAGUGUGAAGAAAUCAACAGUCAACGGCUAUUACGAGAAUUAAUAUUCGCUAUUUUCCAUUGUUUCCCUUUAAUAUUGAUUACGGAUAACAGCUGCGGCCAACGAAAAAAAGAGAGAGCGACAACAGAAACACUUUCGUUAGUUUCAGUCGAUACGCUGUGAAAAGGGUGACAGCUCUCAGCUAUACUAAUAUUCCAAGACGGAAAUCGAUAAAAAACAACGCAAAAUAUUCCGGGAGAAUUACAGGCAUUUGUUCAGCCGAUUGAAGUCCUUCAGCAAAACGAAGAAGAAAAAAAAACCAUACACACAACAAUUGUGUCUAAACAGCAGCAACCAGUGAAACGAAAACACUAACCAACAAAAAUUUCAACAAACGACACAUAAAAAAAACCGCGCAUACACUCACACACUCACACACAUACAAACGAAGAAAAGAGAGUGAGAGACGUGUAUACACCGACGAACACCAACGAGAACGUCAUUCAUUAGAGCCGAAGGCACAUGCAUUCGUCGUGAGACCGUCGCCAGUGUAGUUGAUACAGUUUUGUUAUGGUUUUAACGUAAAUAACCCGUGUGGAGACAGUCGCAUAAAAUUGCAACACCAAAUUAAACUGUUGAAUUUCACAAAGAGACGCGCAUCGGGCGCACACACUAAAUUCAACGAAAUAUUAUUUAAAAACAAAAAUUAUACACAUACAAAAUAACAAACACAUAUUUAAAUUAAAAGAAGAAAAAUAAACGGGUGAAAAACGAAGUCGAAUUCCAAGUUAGCGCACGCGAGCGAAAGGAUACACGGAAAUAAAUAAAUAAAAGAAACGGAUUUUUAAAUAAUAAUUUAUAAUUUAUUUUUUUAAAAAACGUCGAAAGAGUAUAUAUUGUAUUUUAAGUGACAGCUGGUAAUGGACAGAAGAUGAGACAUGUUUUGGCAUAAAAGCGUCCGCAAAAAGAUUAAAAAACGCGCCUAAGUUUUUGUGUUUAACACGAUUUGUUUGCUGCGAACGAGCUGAAGCGAGAUUUUUUUCUCGAAAAUAACUUACGCACUUGCCACAGUUUUUCCACUGCGAAGAACAUAUGACACACAAGCACACACAAUUACCAACGCAACUCUAAGCUAUAAUCAUCGAACGCAUAGAAAAUUCCCAUUGAAUUGUGUCAUAAUCAAGUACGAAAAUCGUCUGGUGUGUCAAAGUGCCGGUUCACUCAAAUGCGCGAACAAUCAAUAAUCAGAAUUAUACAAAUUAUCGUAAAAGGGCGUGCAAUCGAUCUGUGAUUUUGUUGAUUUUUCUUUGUUUUUUUUUUUGUAAUUAUUUUUGUUUUGUUGUUAUUUGUUAUAAAAGUAAUUUUUUGUUUAUUCGACGGUUAAAAAAGAGAAUUAUCGUCUUUAAGUCAGCGACACAUUUUUGUUGUUCAAGAAAUGAAUUAUUCUUUCGAUUUUUGAAACCAUCAACGUUGUUUUAUAGAAACGAAACGAUACCAGAAAUUGAAUUAGAUAAAACGAACACUAGACAAUCAAAUUGAUUUUUAGUGAUUUUCGGAUUUAGAAAAAGAUCAAAAUCGAAAAAACCACUAUUUUUUUUUAACGAGAUCAAAGCUAAGACAAAGUUGAACAAUACCCUUUUAAAAGAAAAAAAAAAACUUUGAAGAAAGAAAGAAAUCAAAUCCAUCCUUACAAUGCGGAUCAGCGAAGAGAAUCGUCGCCGAAACGGGCAUGUGCUUAUUUGGGAUCAACCAGAAUUGUCGCUCGACGACAAAAAGAGUAAAAAAAUGUUCGGGACAAGGCAUUUUGUCACAUUUAUGCUGUUCCUCGGCAUGGCCAAUGCGUAUGUGAUGCGAACAAAUAUGUCCGUUGCCAUUGUUGCAAUGGUGAAUCACACAGCCAUCGAACGUGGACACAAAGACGUGGAAGACGAUGAAUGCCCAAAUUAUAUCAACACAACCGUACAUCACGACGAAAAGGAUGGCGAAUUCGAAUGGGAUUCAGCAACGCAGGGCUACAUUUUGUCAUCAUUUUUCUACGGUUAUGUUCUCACACAAAUUCCAUUCGGAAUGUUGGCGAAGCGAUUUGGUGCAUUGGGUUUUCUCGGAUGGGGUAUGCUCAUCAAUUCUGUGUUCGCCUUUGUAGUUCCGGUUGCCGCUCGUGAAGGUGGAGUUUAUUGGCUGUGCGUUGUACGCUUUAUUCAAGGCUUAGGUGAAGGACCAAUUGUGCCAUGUACGCAUGCCAUGUUGGCCAAAUGGAUUCCGCCCAACGAACGUUCACGAAUGGGUGCUGCCGUUUAUGCAGGUGCACAAUUCGGUACGAUUAUCUCAAUGCCAUUAUCAGGUCUUCUAUCAGCCUAUGGAUUUGAUGGUGGUUGGCCAUCAAUCUUUUAUGUGUUCGGUGCUGUUGGUGUGGUCUGGUCCGUGGCUUUCCUCAUUUUCGUUUAUGAAGAUCCAUCAACGCAUCCAAGCAUCGAUGAAAAAGAAAAGAAAUAUAUCAAUAGUGCGCUAUGGGGAACAACCAAUGUAACCCAAUCACCUCCGGUGCCUUACUGGAAAAUCAUGACAUCGCUGCCUUUCUAUGCGAUAUUAUUCGCACACAUGGGUCAAAAUUACGGCUAUGAAACCUUGAUGACUGAGUUACCAACAUACAUGAAACAAGUGCUUCGGUUUUCAAUCAAAGAAAAUGGUGUAUUGUCGGCGCUUCCAUAUUUGGCUAUGUGGAUAUUCUCAAUGUUCAUUUCCGUUAUUGCUGACUGGAUGACAUAUUCUGAACGAUUCUCACACACGAGCACUCGUAAAAUUAUAAAUUCAUUGGGUCAAUACAGUCCGGCUAUUUGUUUAAUAAUAGCCUCGUACACCGGCUGUAACCGUAUCUUGACAGUAUUCCUGUUAACGUUGGGUGUUGGUUUCAACGGAGCUAUUUAUUCUGGAUUCAAAAUCAAUCAUUUAGACAUAACGCCACGAUUCGCCGGCAUUCUCAUGGCAUUUACCAAUUGUACUGCGAAUCUGGCGGGUCUAUUGGCGCCAAUUAUUGCGGGCAAUUUAAUCAAUAAUAAGCCAACGAUGGGCCAGUGGCAGAUAGUAUUUUUCAUCGCAGCUGGUGUGUACAUUGCAUGCGCCACAUUCUACAAUUUCUUUGGCUCGGGUGAACGGCAGCCAUGGGAUAAUCCAUCGAAUGAUGCUCCCGCAGCGAUUCCAAUCCGGCAAAUCAACGGAACAAAUGGAGUGCAGGCGAAUGGUGUGCUACGUCACGGGACAGUGCCGCCAAGUAAUGGCCAAACACAGCUAAAUGGAAAUGGAGUUCGUGAAUCAACGCAAUAAACGGAGACCGCCAAAUUCCAUAUCCAAACCAACAAAUGACGAAUUGUGUGGGCCAAAGCCACAUUUUUGCCUGAGCACAUUCUUCAAACAGCACACAUAUAAAUACGCCUCUGUUUCGAUGCAAUUCCUCUUUCCAAUUCCUAGUUCUCCUUAUUCAGUUUUUCUUUCUCUUUUUGUUUUAAUUCUAAUUUUAUUUUCUGUUUUGGAUGUUUUUUUGUUAGAAACCGAAUUGUAUAAAUUAAUCAAAGUUUUUUGUUAAGAAAAAAAAAAAGAUAUAAAAUUUUAAGUUGAACUCGAUUUGACUGAUAAAUGUGGCGUUUUCGCUCAUCAAAACACUAAAAGAAAAGAGAAAAAACAAUCCGUUCCUGAUGCAGAGGAUGUGGAAAAUGCCGCAUGCAUAUAUAUAAAUGAUCCCAGUACAACCACACAACAACAACAACAAAUAACAAGAUCAUCGACAACAACAAAAGUUAAAAAGAAAACCUGUGUCAAUCGAGUGCAAAUAUUGAAUAAGUUUCCAAAAUGCUUCACUACGGAAAGCAACCGAAAAAAAAAGUUUAGCCAUAAACCUAUAUUAUUUAAGUCGUCUCUCCUGCGCAUGCCACUGUGAUUGAAUUAAAACUUGAAACUCAAAAGACAAAUACAAUUUGAUGCAGUUAAAUCAAUCGCUCCGUUGCAACGGAGCAAAAGAAACUAGCAAAGAACGGAUAAUUUUUUUUUUUUUUUUUUUUUUGAUAUUGAACGAAUGAAAGCGGAGAAUAAAGUGAUGUAAACGAUUCAUUUUAAAACCGAGAGAACGAUAUGCAUCAGAUGGUCCUUUAUCUUUUACAAAUUGUCAAACUGCAAUCACCGUGUGUAAGAAUUGUGUUCUGUUCUGCUGAAAGGAAAAAUUGUUAAAGAGCCCGUAUUUUUCGUAUGUGUGUGUAGAAGAGAGAGAGAGAGACGUUUCACAUGUAAAUAAAAACACAAGAAUGCCUUUGAAAUUUUUAUAAAUUUUUAGAUUAUUUUGUAGUGAUCAGCAGGACAGACUAGUGCGAGUGAAUUUUAAGACAAACAAAGUUAAAUGAAAGAAGAAAAGAAACAUAUGAAAACUUGAACGCUGAGAGGAGAGAGUAGAUAGAGAAAAAUAUAUAUAUAAAUUUAAAAAAAAACCAAGUAAAUAGGAACUUUUCUUUUAAAAAAUGCUAAGUGAUAGAAUUUUACGGUUUGGAUAAGAACACACUUGUUAUUAGAGUCUUUUGGUUAGCCAAAUGAAAUAUGUCUUAGUUCCAAUACGCGUAGUCUAGCUUUUAUUUUGCAAAUAUUUUAUUAUACGCAUCUAAAUACUAUUUAUUAAUUACAACUAUCGAAAUACAACAAAAAUCAAAAACUAAAUGAAUCAGUGAAAAUCAAUGCCACUCAUUAAACAAAUUUUUUUCUCGGCAGGAAAAAAUGUUGAAUUUUUACAUUAUAAAAUAUUGAAGAAAAGAAAAACAACAGAAAUGCAAGACUAUUUGUAAAUCAUUUUAAUGCAUGUAUUUUGAAAAUAAAUUGCAGCCUCUACAAAAUGUACCGUGGACACCAAAGCUGCCGUUCGAAAUCAACAAA